AAUAUACUUAAAUUAAUAUAUAAACCAAAAUUCUGUAUAAAUACUAAGGGUAAGAAUAAAAAAAAUAUUUGUUGCUUUAGUUUAUUUUUACCCACUGUACCUCGGUAGCAUCUCUCACCUUAAUGUAUUCUGUAAUCUCUCCGCAUAAAUGUGGAAGCUUUUCUAAAAAGGAAACUACAAAUUUGACACAUAUUUAAGCCAACAACAAAAGCUAUUCACACUGCGGAGAGCACAAAAGCAAAUUGAAUUGAGAGUAAAUUGACAGCUUUGUGGCAAAAGCGCGAACAUAGCACACACUGCAGGCAGUUGAAGAGUAACGCUAAAGCUAAGUGUAACGUUGCGGUCCGAAAGCAUUUUUAGAUAUGACGUAGAAAUCAAAGAAAAAUACUGUAUCAAGAAGAAAGUGCUAGAGCAUUAAAGAAAGAUAAAUCUGCCCGCAUAUAAUAAAUAUUUCAGUGGUUGUAAAAAUUAAAUUUUUUUAAAAAUCAUAUUUGUUGCAACUAUAAAUCAAAAUUGCCUGCUGUAAUUAACGGUUGAAUACCGCAAAAGUAUUUUUUUACGGAAAACCCUAGAAAAAAUUCAAAAGUAUUUCGUCAUCAAUUGAGCGAGUGUAUACGUUUAAGGUGAAUAGUUCUAAACGUCACAAUUCAAGGUUAAUACACGUUUAUAUAAUAUAGAUAAAUAAAUAGCAAAGUGCGAACAUUUUACCUGUUAGCAAAGCGGUUUUAAAGGUUUGAAAAUUGUACUUGAUAAAAGUAAAUUUAUACUAAUUAUUCUAUUUGAAAAAAUAUUUCGGUUGAAAAUUAAGUUUGCAAGAAAUUUAUUCCAAAUUAAAAAUAUUUUUCAAAAUUAUUCGGCAAAAGUCUGUAUCUGAAACGAAACACAACCAAAAAAAAGAAAAAAAUUUCGAAAAAAAUUCCACCAUUAAAAUUAGAAGCACAACAGCAAGAAUAUAACCACAGUCCGCAAUCCGCAAUCCGUAAUCCGCAUCCCGCAACCCGCACGAAAACCUUACCCAACCAUAAAUGCAAAGAAAGUGGCUAUUAAAACGUAAAAAUACACAUAAAAUAAGCAAAAAGUGAAAAUAAAAUUUAAUAUUAUUUUUCAAAGCGGCGCAAAGUAUAAAUUGGAAACGUUACGAAAAAAUCUUUAAAUUUUUUAAGUAAAAUUUACAGCAAGAACAAAACAUACUUAGAUAAAAUAUUUGUUCUACUUGUGAUAAAAUUUAUUCGUUGCAAAGCGAACAAGCGUGAAAAUUAUAUUCAAAGUAGUAGUAUUUUUUUGGUGAACCCUAGACGGAGAUCAAUUCGCUACGAUAUCUAAAAAAGAGCUUGAAAAAAAAAAUAGUUAACGAAAAUAUUUGUACAUUAUGAAACCUGUGAUAGCGAAUGCCAGUUCUAGCGCCUCCGCGACUAACAAUGGUGACGGCAAUAGUGCGGGUGCCUCGGCAAAUUCAAAUGGUACAAAUAUACCAAUAUAUUAUGAAUAUGGCAGCAGUCCACAUCAUCAACCACACUACUAUAAUACCGAUGGGAACAGCGGCUCUUAUGGCUCACCUCGCCAACAUCAGCAACACUAUAGUCAACAACCACCACAACAACACAAUCCAGCGCAUAACCAGCAGGGUUUCGGUUUUGAACCAGAUAUAGAUAUGGACAUGGACAUGGAUAUGUUUCCUCGUAGUCGUAUGGGUCGUAUGCACCAUGACCCAUUCAGUAGCUUUGGAAGUUCUCCAGAUUUUGAUUUUCCACAAUUUGGUACAUUGGGACGUCGUCGUGCUGGUAAUGAACAUCAUAUGAAUGAUGAUCGUGAUUUUUUUAACCGUUUGCCAUCAGAAUUUCGGCAAUAUAUACCAGAAGGAUUUGGACAUCGUCGUACUGGUACUGGUACUGGUACAGUACCUAGUCAUCAUCAGGUGCCAACCGGUGGACAAGGACAAUAUUAUCAAAAUUAUGCACCACCAAGUGGAGCACAAUCCUAUACUACCGUACCGCAAUCGCCAUCGAAAACACUUUGUGAUGCAGCCAUACAAACUGAUGAUCCUAGAGAACGGAGCGAAGUCGAUAGUGCAGCUAAUGUUUCAAUGCAAACAGAUAAUUUGAAUCAACAUGGUUUACGUAAUACCAUGGAUAUGGGCAUUAAAUCUGCAAACGAAAAUGAAAAUCAUGGUCCACGUUCACAUUCAGCUCCACCACCAGAACAACAGCAACAAUAUCAACAACAAAUGGCAGCUAACAAUAACCGUCCCACACCUCCACCACAAAGUGGACGUCCAAGUUUCGGUACCCAAACUAGUCAUAACAAUCCAUCAACACAGCAUGUACCAAUACAAAAAUCUUAUUAUCCGCCACAGCAACAGGCGCAUCCACAGCAACAGGCGCAUCCACAGCAACAGGCGCAUCCACAGCAAAAGCAAGCAACACCACCACCACCACAAACGCCAGGUGGCAGUUAUAUACGUACUAUACCAAUAUUUGUAGAAGGACGUUCAGAGCCUAUUAUUAAUUCACAUAAAGACAUACCAAAUCAACAUGGUAACAAUGUAUCAGCUAAUGCAUCGGCUAACGCCAGAGCAGGUCCAAACAAUCAGUCUCAACAACACUACACACAGCAACAGCAACAACAACAACCACAAUAUAAUCAACAACACUUUAAUCAACCACAACAGCAACAGCAACAGCCACAGCAACAACAAAGACCAACACCACUUAAUACUCAUACACAACAGCAACCACAAGAUCUAGGUCCUUCGGGCCUUCCACCACAAACUCCACACACACUUGAUUCUAUAAAUAAAAUUCAGGACAUACAACGCGAUGUACUUGAUCUCAUGGCAAAAGUUGAGAAUUUCGCAGGCACACGCCGAGACAAGGAAUAUGUCUACUUGGAUGAAAUGUUGACACGUAAUCUAUUGAAACUAGACACCAUUGAUACAAAUGGCAAGGACAGUAUUCGUUUAGCAAGAAAAGAGGCUAUAAAAUGCAUACAAGCAUCUAUUAAUGUACUCGAAGCCAAGGCUGAGGAGAAUGCAAAACGUAUGGAAGCAAAUGUACAAAAUCAGGUACCACGUCAACCAUCAACUGAAAUAGUUGUGGACAAUACAACCAAAGACACUUAUGCAGCUGCGACUGAAACUCCAGUCGAACCAGUAGAUGCAACGAAAAUGCAAGAACCCAUACCAUUACCACCACCAGAAGGUAUGCAAGUCGAUGAUCGGCAAGUGACUGCUGCCACAGCGACUGAAACACAGCAGCAAACUCAGCUGAAGGAAGGAAGUCCUGCCAGUGCAACGAACAAUGAAACCGAAUCGAAAUGAUGAUCAUCACGCAUGCGUUUUAUCACAAAACAAUUGCGUAAACUUACCAAAAAGAACUCUGAAAAAUUCUAAAAAUUUUCGCUGAAGUAACUCAUAUUUAGUAUAAAAAGUAUCUAUGGAACGAAAGUUAAGUGCACUUGUCGUAGUAUCCAGUCUGCGUGAAAAUAAUCGAUUUUGAACUGAAUUUAGUAAAAGAAAAUUUUUUGUUAUACUAACGUCAUUUUGCUUUAAACUGUUAACGAUCAAAAUAAAAUCAAAAUUAAUAUUAAAAAGAUCUAAUCUAAUCUCAAGCACUAAAAUAUAAAAAUAUAUAUUUUAUUUGAUGUACAUCUAAAGAACGUUUCAAUAGAGUCCAGUUAAAAUGAUGUAUGGAAAAAUUCCUACUUGUUGGAAGUAAAUGAUGAGUGAAUGUCCUGUGUGUGUUUCGGUGUAGUAUAGAUUUCAAAAAUGCAUAUAUCAUAUUUACAAACCCAGUCUUAAAAUAUUUGUGUAAUUUUAAAAUAAUAUAUUUAAAGAAAAUAUAUAAUGUUA